ACAGAUCCACCAGAAUUCAAUAGCUUUAGUAGUGAUGUAGUUGUUGUGGAAGGUGACCCAAGUGUUACAUUAGAGUGUAUCGCAGAUGGUGAACCAACACCAAACAUCACCUGGACCAAAGUAUAUGCUCAUGGCAGUGACAGUGGUGUACUGGGAACUGGGAAUCAAUUUGUCCUUGGAACCAACAGAAAUAACAGAGGAAAAUAUCGUUGUACAGCAUAUAAUGGAAUAGGAACUGCACCAAAUCGCACAGUGAAAGUAGAAGUUAAUUGUAAGUAGAUAACUGUAUAUUAUACCUGUGGUUGGUUUUUAUUUGUCAUAGAAUGUAGGAUUAAUUGUCAUAGUAGGUAAAAAUAAUGCAAAAUAAAACUCCAAAAUGGAAAAAAAGUGUAAAUCAACCACAAACAAAAAAUAUAAGUAAAGAUUUGCUUUUGUAUGAGUGGUAUAGUCAUGUGGGCCCUUUUAUUGAAAUACGUUGUGAUGAUGCGAGCAGGGCCUUAAAAAGCCAUACAGCUCAGCAUAGGCUUUUGUUAGAUUCAGGGAGAAUAAAUGAUAUUUAAAAAAGCUGCAAGUCAGAAUAAAAAAAAAAAAAGGGAAAAAAGAAAGGAAAGGAGAAGAAAUUAGUCAUCUAUGGCACUGCACUAGACUGAAAAAUGUUUGGCUCUUGCGACAUGAUGUACAACGUCACAUGCUCUGAUACCGAUGCAUGAUCAAAUAUUGUUGUUUUCCUCUCUUUAGAUAUACCAGAGAAUGUCAAGUUAAUGGUGAAUGACUCGGUUGUUUGUAAAGGUGAUGCUAUCAGUAUCACCUGCUCAGCAGAUGGUAAACCUGCAGUGCAUACUUAUCAACUAUUUGAGAAUGAAAGAUCAGUUAAUGAUGGAAACAGCUCAGCUGGGGUAUGGAUAAGAAAAGAUUUAAGAGGAGGAGACUUAAGCUACAGAUGUGUGGCUAAUAACACUGUUGGUACAGCUGAGAAGACUGUAAAUGUUACAGUAAAAGGUACAGUGUUAGAAGGUAGUUGUUACCUGUUACAGCCAUCAGCCUACAUAUCGUAAAUGAAUAUUGGUGUAGGGGCUGAUGCUUUAAUACCAUUUUCCCCGUAAUGUUGUGUAUUGCGUAUUUAACUUCAAGUGUCAACGACACAUGGGUGUUUUUGUUGGUGAGGUUGUUUUUGAUAUUGUGUAUUAGUUCCACAGGUUCUUGUAGUUUACAUUAUAAUGAAAAUAUAGUUUAACAUCAGUACAUGUAGGUGUCACAUGUAAGUAAAAAAACUCAACACCUGUCCACUUCAGGUGGAGAGCAAUCACUGCACUUUACAGUUUUGUCUUAUGAAGGCUUUUGUAUUCUUACUCUGUUGAAACAAUCCUGUUUCUUUAACUGUAAAUAGAUGACUGUCUAGACUCCAUCCUAUUCAGGGCUCUAAUUGAAAAAUGGUCGUCAUUAAAAAAGGAAAAAAAUAUGGUCACCCCAUUCACAUUCCAUAUUAUGCUACAUGAAAUUCUAGUGAGUCUAAUGAUACUGUACGUGUGCAACACUUUUAUUUGCCAAAUUGACAAGUAUGCUUGCUGGUCGAUUAAGGGAAAGAGAGUGAAGAAUCUCAGUGUAUCGCUCAGCUGAGAAACGUCUCUCAUUCGAAGUGAGCUGAAAUAUUUAUAUGCAAAAACUUCCAUAUUGAAAAUAACGUCUCGGCUCACUUUAAAGUUCAUCACCAAACUUCCAAAUGCAAAGUUAAUGGUUAGACUUUAAUUAUGGAACUGUAGGAGAGGAAAAGAGAAUUGGACCAACAAUCAAGAAAUUUUUCAUGUUCUUCUUUUUCUUUAUCUGGUGGUUGCUACAUCUGAGUUCUUGCCGUUCAGUGAUCUGGUGCCGAAAUUACGGGGCGAGGACGAGGCUAAGUGUGAAGUCAACUGUGUAAAGAAUGAAGCGCAGUAGUGGUUAAAAUGAGAGAGAAAUGGGAGAUGGUAAGUCCAAGAAAUAAAAAUUUUUUGGACUGGAAAUUUGCCCUCACUUGUUUUUAAUUUCUCCUUGAACAGCCUUUUGUAUUCUUUGGCAGAAGGCUAUUUUGAUCUGCUUCAUUGUUGCAGCUUUCUGGCAUAAAUCGAAAAGUUCUCUUUUUUUCCCUUUGCUGCCAUUACUUAGCUGAGUGCCUCUCUCACACAAAUAAUUUUUCACCCUCCCACAAUGAAUUUUGACAAAUUUUCUCUCAUUUUCACCACCGCGGUACUUAAUUAUAAACACGGAUGAGAGCGACUUCACACUUAGCCUCGUUUUUGCGCGGUAAUUUUGGCUCUAGAUCAUUGAACCGCGAGAAGUCGGAAGUGCCCUAUUGGUGAUUUUUGUUGAAAUUUUAGUCCAAAAGAUACAUUUAUUUUCACUCACGAUAACUCGGGCGCAGCUUAGGCCCUGUUUUAGUGGUUUUUCUUAAUUAUAUGCCAUUUCCUCUAUUUGCAUGCUAUAUUCCCAUAGCGCACAGCUUUCCCAAUCUCAGCGCUUGUACAUGACUUACUAGAAGUCACAUUUUUCUUAGCCAGUAUAUUUAGCUGGAAGCCAGUACUUACUGAAAACCCUGAUGAAGGAAAGAGAAAUUAAAACAUGUCUUAGUCCUUGGAAAAAUUACAUGUUAUCUCAAAAGUCAUAGGCACAAAUUUUGAUAUUACAUUUACUUUGAAUUCAUUUCUCUGUUUUUUACUGGAUCUAAUGAUGUACAAGUAAAAGUACUAACCGUGAAUCCAUAAAGAAUAACUUUCUGCUUAUGAGACGAGCUAAAACAGUACAAUCUCCUUAUUUAUAAUAGGAAUGCUUUUGGGUUAUGCAAAUGCAUUAAGAAAAAUGAAAAUUUGACGAGUGUCUAGGUUCAUAAACAUGUAGUUUUACACUUGUAAUCUUUUGUUAUCUUUUUUUCUGCUCAGUGCCCUCUAUAGUUUAUCCAUUGGAGAACAUCACAGUGAUUGAGGGUGAAAACAGGAAUUUAACCUGUAAUGUUUCUGGAGGUCCUGUGCUGACUGUAACAUGGACAGAAGUAAGCAGCCGUAGUCAGUCUAGUGGAGUCGUGCGUUAUCUUACAAACAUCAGCAGGAAAAAUGCUGGUGAAUACAAAUGUGAAGCUACAAAUGACUGUGGAAAUAGCUUUGCCAGCACUUUCCUCACUGUGCUCUGUAAGUGAUUAUUAUUAUUAUUUAUUUAAUAAUCAUCAAGUAAAAAUAUGUAUUAAGGUCUAGAGUGUUCAUCUUGUAGCCCACUUUCCAUUCCUUGCUAAGUGUGAGUUGCUAGAUUCCCGAGCUGUGAGGUAUUCCUCUCACUUUUGUUAAGCUUGUUUUGAAAUUAAUAAAGAGUAAGAAACACUUGGGAGGCUGCAUUGUUUUUCUACAUUGGAAAUUGAGUAGAGAAUAACACUAGAUUUAGAAUUUCUUUUGAAGUGUUUAACUUGAUAUAUCGAGGUCCAAAUGAGAAGAAAAAUUUUAAUAACCAUAAGAAGCCAUGCAGUAUUUUGUUUCUUAUCUUAACAUCUCAGUUUGGUUAGCAACCAUAAUUAAAAAAAUUCGAGGCACAACCUUGGAUUGAGAAUUAUGAAUGCUUUGUCAGUUAUUUAAUUACCUGAGAGAAUGGGGCGAAAGGCAAGUGAUGUAUUGGCAGCUGAUUGGCAAUAUCAAACACGUAAAAGUUAUUGUAAAUUUACAGCUUUCCCAAGGGCUCGAAAUGGUUGAAAAAAUCUGCAGUGUAUGUGAUAAAACAUUUUCCCCAACGAUUUUGAAGAACUCUGAGUGACACCUAAUUGUUUCUUCCUUCUAUCCUAGACAAACCAGAGAAUGUUCACUUAAUGAGUUCUGCCAUGGACGACAAAGCAUGUACGGGAGAAGUCAUCAGCUUUAACUGCUCUGUUUACGCUAAUCCAGGAGUGACGUCAUACCAGCUCUUUGAGAACGAAACUGCCAUUUUAAACACAAGUGCCUCGGGGAUGUGGAGAAAGACUUUGGAAAGUGCAGGAGUGUUUGUCUACAAAUGCGUGACCAAUAACUCUAUAGGAUCAGAAUACAGCAUGAGUGUUACUGUCGCUGCGAAUGGUAAGCAAACUAACCCAAACUAGUAAAGGGGGUAAGUUUCUAAAGAAACUGUGGUGCUGCGUCGGUGGGAGAGUAUAGCAGGUAAUUUAAUGUUAACAACUGAGCUGAAAACGUAGAAAGUUGAAAAAGGGUAAAAAAGCUGACGUUUCGAGCGUUAGCCCUUCGUUAGAGCAAUAGAUAUUAGAUAGAUAGAUAGAUGUUAACCCAAACUAGUGCUAGUUUAAACCUUCCCAUAAGCCAUACACACAUGCAGCGCACGUUCAUGAGUGUACACACUCUCUGUUGUAGAAAAACAUGAACACCUAAGGAGGAUGAUUCAUGAAUGAUGAGACUACAUGUGAACUUAAACUUUAUGGGAAAUGUUUGCAAAGUUGCAUCCCAUUAUAAUAUUCAUAGUAAAUUGCUGUUUAUGAUAAGCCUUUUCUCUCAGGAAAGGGUUGUUGGCCUCAAACAUCUACCACAUGUAGCAUUGUAACCGCUGACCGUUAUGGUGAAUAAUCGUGUGUUAUCUUCGGCCUCCAUUUUUAUUUCGUUUUUUUUUCUUUCUGGCGUCGUGACUCUACCUAACGAUAUUCAAUUUUCGCCAAGUUAUCAGUUAACGUCUCAGGGCGACUCGGAGGGUUGUUUCAACACCGAUAGCACAUGGCAAGGACGAAUUUUAACCAUAUCACGCUUCAUCGCUAUCCGGCUCUUUGGUUUCACCACCUGCCGUAGGACAAAUUAUCUAGUUACUAGGCAUAGACACACAAUCAAGGCUACUUUUCAAUUGGCCGUUUCAAUUAGAGAGACUGCAAAGAAGCAGCGACGUCAGUCCUAAUCCUCGACCUCGCAAAAGCAGAAACCUUCAGUAAACCGCACCGUGCGUUUCAAAACGCUAACUAACAAUCAUAGAGUCGCUCCAAGCAACAUCAAGUCAACUCAAGUCUUGCUCAGGUCUUUCCCUGUCACUCUCUGGCUCAAUUCAUCUGUGCCUUAGUUGUCAACUUUUGAAAGAGCUUCCUUUUUCUGAUGUUUUUGACGAUGUAGAGGUUAGAGUUGACGCUCCUGACAUUAGUAAUGUGAAGGAAUCUCCUGUUGCUCUAAGUGCGCAAGUCUCUGACCUCAGUGCGAUUUUAAAACGCUUUAUCCUGCAAUUUAAGAAUCGCAUAUCUAAAUAUGAAUUUUGUGGCUAGCUUUAAAUGAUUCAAAGUGAAGUCAAUGAUACUCAAGGGUGUUUUUGAUGUUUUUAUACUUGCUGAGACAAAGAUAGACGGAGCUUUCCCCAGUUCACAGUUCUGUAUCAAAGGGUACAAGAUGUUCUGUAAAGAUCGUAAUCGAUUUGGAGGAAGUCUCAUAGUUUAUAUUAGAAGAGGCCUAUUACACGAAGAAUUAAUCAUUUGGAAGGCAAUUACAUCGAAUCUAUUGUUCUGCUAGUACAGUCCGGGAGGUCAUCAAAAUGGACACUGUUUCUGUACACGUAUGAGCCACCAAAUGUAACUAAAAAUCUGUGGGAACGGAGUUUAACUCCAUGCUUUUCACGGCUCUAAGCGUUAUGACAACUUAGCAAUCGUACGUGAUUUAAAUUGUGAUAUAUCCCAUCCGAACAAGGGAUUUAGGGAGGGAAGAACCUUACGGGACUCAAUGAAUGAAUACAACUCGACCAACUUGAUCAGGGAGCCUACUAGAGUGACUGCAACGUCUAGUUCUCUUAUUGACGUGAUCCUGACAAAUAGACCUCGGUCUUUUUUAACGUUUAGCAUUUUCGAUUUGGGCUUAAGUGACUAUCACCUGGUCUAUGCUGUCAGCAGGUCACACUGUCCUAGGUCUUGUCCUAUAACCGUCGAAAGACGUUUUUUAAGAAUUACGAUCCCAAGCGAUUUCGCAAAGACUUGCAUUCGACUCCAUUUGACGUCGCAUUGAAGACAUUGAUGACAUCUACUGGGCUUGGAGUUAAUAGUUAUGUGAUGUUCUUAACGACCGCGCGUCAAUUAAACGUAAAACAGAAAAUCGUGAACACGUGCCAUUUAGGACACCUGAGUUACUUGAGGCAAUUAGGAAACGCAAUAAAUUAAAGCGCCUUUACAACGAGUUUAAGCACCGGCUGGAUUGGGACAGAUACAAGACCUAGCGAAACCUCACAUCUUCAUUGAGACAUAAGGCUGUAUCCGACUAUUUUCGUACCACCGCCGUAAACGCCAAAUGUAAACCCAAAAAAUUUUGGCAAACGGUCAAGCCUUUCAUGCACUCAAAGAAAAACAUCAGCCGGGAUUCCAUCCAUCUUAAAGAGGGUGACAGUCUUAUUGUCAAUAAACUGGAAAUUGCACAAAUUUUCAGUGCACAUUUUUCAUCCUUUCCGAAGGAUAUCGAUAGUCAUGGGCGUUAAAAUGAUAACUCCAGUCGUCCAAGUAUCUCGGCCAUACAGACACACUGCUCUGCGAGAGAAGCUUUUCAGUUUCGUUCUCUAAGUCCACUUGAAGUCGAAUUUAUACUUAGGUCGCUUGAUCGAAAAAGGCAAGAUACCGCCAAGAAUAUAGCGGGAUGGUGGUGAUGCUCUUGCCUAUCCGCUAUGUGUUCUUAUCAACAAGAUCAUUGACUCUGACUUUGUGCCUGCUGGUUGGAAGCUUGUUGAAAUCUGCCCCAUCUUCAAAAAGGACAAUCCUCGUAAUAAAUCUUACUACCGGCCAGCGUCGAUUCUAGUUACUCUGGAUAAAGUUUUUUAGAAGUGUCUAGCACGCCAACUCUCUGAUUAUUUUAGAUCGAUAUUGUCACCGUUCCUGUCUGCGUAUAGAAGGAAUUACAGCUGUGAGGGAGUACCUCUAAGUUUGAUUGAGGACUGGAGGAAUGCUCUCGAAAACAAAUGUUUUGUUGGCGCAGUCUCUGUGGAUCUAAGUAAAGCUUAUGAUAAGAUAUCGCGCGACCCCGUCCUUGCCAAGCUGGCUGCCCAUGGCGUUUUUCCACUUAGCCUGGCCCUCUUACACAGUUACCUUAGAGACACGUCCCAGCGCGUGAGGAUAGAAGAUAUUACUUCGGAGGUUGUUGUUUUCUCCAAGGGUGUAGCCUAGGGAUCGGUUUCAGGGCCCCUCCUUUUUAAUAUUUUUCUUAACUAUCUGUUCUAUUUUAUUAAUCGUGCUGAUUUGUCCAACUACGCCGAUGAUAACUAAGUUUUUUGUUAGCGAUCGCGAUCCUGAGGUGGUAAAGUCCGUAAUCGAUGGCGAUCUCGCUGUCGCGAGUCAUUGGUUUGAUGAUAAUAAGCUAGUGCUCGGCCCCGAGAAAUGUAAAUGUAUUAUUCUUCCAAAAAGCUCUCUUAGUGAUCUUUCCUUUAGUGUCAAUGAUGUGCAGGUAACAAUCGUAGACCAUUUGCAUCUUUUAGGUGUAACUAUCGAUAACUCGCUAAAUUUGAGCAAACACGUUGCCAAGGUUAAUAAGAAAGUUGGAAAGCAGUCAGACGUUUUGAUCAGACUAGAGAACAUGCCAUCAAUCUCCUCGAAAAUGUGCCUCUACAACUCUUACAUGAUGUCUUACUUCACUUACUGUUCUGCUAUUUGGCUCAACUGUAAAGGUUCUGAUAAUCAGAAGCUGGAAAGGCUUAAUGCGAGAGCUCUAAGUGUGUCUACAACAAACGGGUGCCCCUUUAUGGCAAUGAUAACUACGGUUUAACUUUGUCGAAUUGACGACUACCGGAAAUUGCUGUGCUGAUUUUUAAAGCUGUAAAUGGCAUGUCACCGGAAUAUAUAUGCGACUUGUUUAUCGUACGAAAUAAUGUGAAAAACUUAAGAGGCGCCAACAAGCUCCUCAUCCCACGUAAGAAUACUUCAAACUUUGGCUCAAAGUCUACAUCUCUAUUUGGUGCCAAAGUGUGGAAUUCCUUACCGGAUGAACUACGCUCAACGACAGUUCUAGGAAUUUAGGAAUUCUGUAAGAGAGCUACAUUUGUAAUGUAUAGUCUAACAAGAUCUACUCACUGUUUUAAUUUUUAAGAGUUAAGAUUGUUUACUUACUUAAAGUAAUUAGAAAGUUAGCCAUUUGUCAUUUUUUCAAUUUUGCGUUGGUUUAUUUUACUUUUCUCGGCAUAUUAGCAUGUACUGCUUGGGGCCUAAUCAGCCUCGUCAACCCGAGUUGAAAUAAAGUUACUUACUUACUAACUUACUCUACUUUACUUACUUACUUACUCUACUUAUCGUGGUUACUAUGGAAAUGUGCACGCAUAAUACUGUUGGGUCUCAUAAUUAAUCGCUAAUGUUUUUUAGGUUUCUACAAUUUAUCCAUCUGGUGGAUACUUGCAUGAUCUUAAUUACCUCGAUGUUUGUAGUUAACAAUUAAGUCGAAGGGAAUCACACGUACAUUAUAUGUUGGGAAUGAACUGAUGCAGGUGUCAAAGUGUACAAGCUGGUCACUGACUACUUUUAACAUCCUUCCACAUUUUCCCUUUUCUUUUACAGUACCAUCUUCGAUCACCCAAAUAACACAAGAUCAGAAUAUAACUGAAGGUCACAAUGUGACUCUGUCAAGUCAAGUAUCUGGAGUCCCCACACCAACAGUAUCUUGGAUUAAGCCCGGUGGUCAGCGUCACAAUGGACACAUGUUGGAGGUUACACACAUUAACAGGAGUCAAGCUGGUGAAUACAAAUGUGAAGCCAGUAAUGAGUGUGGCAAUGCAACAGAGACAGCAAAUAUUGAUGUGCAGUGUAAGUACAUGCAUAAAUUAUACUUUGUUAUAUGCUGUUUCUUGUAUUUCUUUGUCACAGUAUAUCGAUUUGCUUCUCUGUAACAUUUUCGCUAGAGAGGCUUGUUUAUUCGUAACUUCGGCAUCAGCCAGGUAAAGAGAGAGACUCCUUGGCUACUUUGUAAAAUGUAACUUACGAAGGCCAAUGAAAUUGUAUUUACAAAUUGUGUCUUUUGUCCCCAGACAAACCUGAGAAUGUCCAGUUAAUAAGUUCUACCAUGAACGACAAAGCAUGUACGGGAAAAGUCGUCGGCUUUAAUUGCUCAGCUAAUGCUAAUCCAGGAGUGACGUCAUACCAGCUGUUUGAGAACGAAACUGCCAUUUUAAACACAAGUGCCUCGGGGAUGUGGUGGAAGAUUUUGGAAAGUGAAGGGAUUUUUGUUUACAAAUGUGUGGCCAAUACCUCUCUAGGAGUGGAAUACAGCAUGGGUGUUACUGUUACCGUGAAUGGUAAGCAAAAAAGUCCAAAUUAUGUUUGUUUGAGAACAAUUUGAAAAACUGCGCCCAUAAAAACAGUAUUUACAUGAGUGUACAAACACUCGAUUAUAAAAAAACUUUGACAAUUGAAAAGCAGUAUCCAUGAGUUAUGAGACUCAACGGCCUUAUUAGAAAUUUUGGCUCAGUGGCAUCCCAUAACUCAUUGCAAAACUGUUGAUGAUCAUUCGUGUCUUUCAUGAAAAGGUGGCGGCUUCUAUCAUUUGCCACAUGCAGCUAUGUAAAUAAGGUUAUCACGUACAUUUUAUCUAUAAAGCCGCUGUGUCUCAUCGCUCGUUGGUAACAUCUUUUGGGGUGUCAACGUUUUUGCAAUCGAGUGUAUAUAUGCAUAAUCUUAUGCUCUUAUUUGUAAAAGGCAAUCGAGUUGAGGAGGGCUAAAAGCACAUUUAUAUUAGGGAAGCUAUGAUCUAUGUGCUUAAGGCCGCGAGCCAGUGGCCGGCUGUUACUUACAUCCGUACUCAUUUUCAAAUUUUGCAGUUUCUUCUUCUAUUAUUCAAAUAACACAAGAUCAGAAUGUAACUGAAGGUCACGAUGUAACUCUUAUGUGUAAUGUAUCUGGAAUUCCUCCACCAAUGGUGUCUUGGGUAACACCUGAUAGUAAACGUGUUAGUGGAUACAAGUUGAAGGUUACAAACAUUAACAGGACUCAAGCUGGUGAAUACAAAUGUGAAGCCAGUAAUGAAUGUGGCAAUGCAACAGAGACAGCAAACAUUAUUGUGCUACGUAAGUUUGAAGGUUCCUUUUCAUUAAAAGUUACGUUGAUCUGCAUGUUUUGUAACUCCAUACUCUGACGAUGGCUAUUAUUACAUGUUUAAUGUACAUAUGCAGAUUUUGUAUGAAUUGGGAUUAAGGUAUCGGUAAUUUUACACAGAUUAAGUCAUGUAAUUUGUAAUACAGUCAGACCUCUCUUAUGUAAACACCAAAGGAUCAUCUUAAAGUAAUCUCUUCAUCUUACGACUUUUAUCGUAUUAUGUUUAGUCUUGUUCUGCUACUUUAUAAAAUUAUCCCAUAAUUUUUGUUUUAUUUUUACACUGAUUUAUGUAAAUUUAAAUACCGACUCAAUGUUUUAAAUCAUACAGAGCUGUAAAGUAUGUUGUUCUAUUCAUUACUUUGUUGGCGCCCAUACAAAUUUAGAUAUAAAUAAUAAAAAAAGGACUGCAGUGAGCUUUCUACAACCUACAAUAUUUGACAAAAUUUGUGUGUAACUCUUGUAGACAGACCAGAGAAUGUGCAAUUGACAACAUCUGUCAUGGAUAACAAAGCAUGUAAGGGCGAUAUGAUCGGUUUUAACUGCUCAGCUGAUGCUAGUCCAUCAGUGACGUCAUACCAGCUGUUUGAGAAUGACACUGCUAUCUUGGACACAAACCCUUCAGGAAUGUGGACAAGGAACGUGUCAAAUAGAGGAGUGUUCACGUAUAGAUGUAUGGCCAACAACUCUUUAGGAUCAGAAGUCAGUUCAUUUGUUAUGGUCACAGUGAAUGGUAAGCUCUUAACUUUGCAGAUUAGUUAAGUUGUGAGUCUUUUUUCUCUGCACAGAUUUAUUACUUUACAUCAUGCUGUUAGCUGCGCUGCAUAUUAGAACAAACUCGCUCGUUUGUAUACUGAGGACUCUUAAAGAGUCAAGCGAGGAGUGGGAAUUUUAAAGAUGUGAUAAGGAGCGGAAAGCGUUUGAACAUGAUCUGUUUUCUUGUCAAACGAGUUUGAUAGAAAAAAGUUAACUUUGCAAUAUACUGAAGCUGUGAAGCUGUUCUCUUACAUACGCUUACUCAUGUACACAAUCGGGUUAGCCGUUGUACAUAGUGGAAUAAAUUAGUUUAUGUGAGUGUGUACUGAAAACAUAUACAGUGUAAAGUGAGGAGUGGGCUUUUAGAGAUAUGGAUAAGCGCGUUUGGGAAUUGCCUUAGUCCUUGUCAAAUGAUCCUGAUUAAAAGGAAAAAAAGUAUGUGAUGUCAAAUCCUUUCCCUUGUUAGUAGUGCGUAUUUCCGUACAUUUAGCUCCACCAUGGCUACCCGAGUCACCUAAUCAAAUAAAUGGGACAUCCUGAAAAAGCUAUCAAACCAAUUAAAUUGUUUUCAUUCACGAUAAUUGCUUUGGACCAAAGAAUGCAAAAAUGACGGAUGCCUCAGAUACAAUCAUUCAAUUGAGCAAUCUAAAAAAACAAUGAUACCAAUUAAGUUGUUUUUCAUUCCAAUGAGUGCUUUGGACCAAAAGAGACAAAAUUUAUGAAACCUCAUGGAUACAAUCAUUCAACCAGAUUGUUACAAGUGACCUCAGCAACGGCGACUAUACAUGUAUUUUAAGAUCUCGGUGUAAAUUUGUUCGAUAAAUGUAAAGUUUAAUGAAUGAAAUGCUCACACAAAUAUUUAUUUACUGACUAAAGGUUUGGGUACAGUAUUUAAUUUUGUAUUUUUCCUCAGUGCCUUCAAAUAUAGAAUCAAUUCGAGAUCAGAAUGUAACCGAAGGUGACAAUUUAAGUUUGACAUGUACUGCAUCUGGAAUGCCUCAACCAAAGGUGUCUUGGAUUAAGCUUGGUGGUCAGCGUCAUUAUGGACAUAUGUUGGAGGUUACCCACAUUAACAGGACUGAAGCUGGGAAAUACAAAUGUGAAGCCAGCAAUGAGUGUGGCAAUGCAACAGAGAUGGCAACUAUUGAUGUGCAGUGUAAGUAAUUAUCUAUAGAUUGAAUUUACAAAUGGUGAAUGCUUGUGGGUAUUAAAGUUUUGAAACUAAAUUAGUCACUAAGAGGUUUUCUUAUGAGGCCACCUGUUCAUUACUUUUCCUUGACGCGUGUACAAAGAUGUAAAGAAAAGUUGAUGAUGAACAUUCAUAGUUUUAUGAGUCCAACAUGUGUCAAGUUGGGAUUAAUGGAAUUUUACAUUAAUAUGAUAUAUCAAAGUUAACAUGGCAGCCAGGUGUUUGAUGCUACUCUGGUUUGAAGAUAUAAUGAAUUUAACUGAGAAGUUACAAUUCAUAGACCUCACGUUUUGACACUCGUGUUUAAUGUCUUCAUCAGGGGUGAUCUAAUCGCUGCAGCAAGAGUUCCGUUUACAUGCUCACUAAGGAGCUUCCCUUUCUUUUGACGAGGUGUAAAUAGGCGUCAGUUAGUAAGCCGCCUUCAUCACAAUUUAAAGGAGCGUGGGUAGAAUUGAUGCCAGUUGAUCACGAGUAUAUCGGAUUGACCAAACGUCAGUUAGGUACACGUAUGAAAGAGCAUCAAAAACUGGUCUUUUUUUGCAAAAAAAAAAAAAUUCAGCUUUGUCGGAGCACACAUGCCUAACCAACCAUAAAAUUGGGUUGGAUAAGUCAAAAAUUAUCACCACCAGUCGACGUUACCACCAGCACCAUUGUUUGGAAGCCUAGCAUAUCAAGUCAGCCCACGCUCCUUCAAAUCGUUGUACAUGUAACUUCUCCGUUACACUCAUUAAAUCUUUAAGCCAGAGUAGCAUCAAACCAUGUUAAUUUCAUGAUUGUAAUCUUUUUGUAACUCUCGUAGACCAACCAGAGAAUGUGCUAUUUACAACUUCUGUGAUCGACUACAAAGCAUGUCAGGGUGAUACUAUCACCUUUAACUGCUCAGCCGAUGCUAAGCCAGCAGUAACGUCAUACCACCUGUUUAAGAAUGACACCGCUAUAGACGUCAGCCUUUCAGGGAUGUGGAGCGAAACAUUGGCAAGUGAAGGAGUGUUCUUCUACAAAUGUGUGGCUAAGAACAGUUUGGGAAUAGCAGCUAGUACGGAUGUUAGUGUUACUCUUAAUGGUAAGCCUUGCUCUUCGUAUUAAACUAUGUCAAUGCUCUAGAUUUAAAAACACUUGCUGUGAAUUUUAUGGCAGUAAUCUGUUCUUUAAGAAAUGUUUCAUGUGUUUUCCGGACCUUUUAGAUAAUUUCCAUCCCAUUUUCAUACUAACUGGACCACUUUUGUAGCUGUAAAAAAAUAAAAAAUCAUUACCUUUUGUCUCAUGAUACACUCACUUUCGAUAUUUUGAAUGCACCCUGCCGGUCUUCUUUUCAAAAUACGCCCUGCCAGUCUUCUGUGAGGAAUGCAGUUGCCUGGGUACAAAGUUAUUCACCUUAUCAAGUGUCAAGUUUUCAACAGUAGUUAUAAUAUCAGCCAAGCUCAGAUCCGGUAUCACCUUGUUACUUGCGCUUAUUUUAAUACAUUCUAGUGUAGCUACGUCACCUAGAGUCCUUUGAUCAAAUUUUGCUCAUCAAAAAGAAUGAUUUUCAUCCAUUUUUUGCGCCAUUUAGUGUGUGGGACCAAAGCAUGCUAAAAUAAUAAUAUUUCUUGUUCUCGGUCCAUGAAGAACGUGAACGUGAAGUAUUUGGUUACAGUUAAACUGAACGAUGGAGCUUUCAUUCAUUUAAUAUCGGAAUUUUCUUAAACGAUUUGUUCGCAGUGAAAGAGCGAGCGAAGUUUUAACUUAAGUUCUACAACAAAUAUACACUCUCGGUGAGUCUUCCCAAGUCCGUUCAAUUUAGACAUUUGUACUGUAAAUUGCACAACAGAAACUAAAGGAAUUUAAUGGGCGAAGGCCGCAUUGAAUCCCCGUGUGUUUCGUUGGAGUGUGCCAUUCGAAUUUAUUUUUUGUGGAGGAAAGACCAGAUUUACACACGCCAUUGCAGCAAACCAACGAACAAACUCUCACAACUUUAAAAUAAAAAAUUUGAAUUUACUCACAAUUACUUUCCUCGCCGUUUACUUAAUGAACAGAGGUAAAUGUUCGUACAUGAAUGAAUCGUCGAUGAGAGUGAAUAAUACUUUCCGUUAGAUCAUUGCCAAACUAGUUCCGUUGUUUUUCAAAUUUUCUUUUCGCUUUUUUUUUUUUUACGCGCUCCCUAGUUGACAGGUGUCAGAUUGCGACAGAUACUUGUAAAAAUAAUGUUUUAAAUUUUGUUUGGAGGCCUUUUAAAUCACCUUCGUCGUUACGGAAAUAAAAAUUUUUCGGUGAGGCAUCUCUCUUUAAUUUGCAUCACCUCUAUUUUAACUACCAUUUACUCGUUCAAAAAUUGUUCAGUUUAUGAAAGAUCUUGCCGUAUUUACAGCCCUAAAUCAUUCGGGUUCUUUCGGAAAGAAUUUCGUCAAGUUUAAAAAAAAUAUAUAUUUACCGGCUGAGGGUCGGUCCGUAUGGUGAAAAACUGUGACCUCGGUCUUGAAAUGCUGCCCUCAGACUACGGCUACGGGCAGUAUUUUCAAGACGUCGGUCACAGUUUUUCACCAUACGGACCUCUUAGCCGGCAAAUAACAUAUAUGUAGCCUACGUAGUUGAUGACUGCAUUUAUAAACCCAUUUGCUAGAUUUACUGAAUUCUUAAAUGAAGUUAUAGAGAGAAGAGAGAGUUACAAUUUAGAUCAUGACGUAAAUUUUGUGCAGCUUGAAAUAAGAUCAGGACUUAUCCGAUCUGUGUUUGACUGUGGUUGAACACUACACCUCUAGAAAUACACUGUAUAUAAUUCUCUUUUUUUUUUUUUCAUAUCUAAGUGCCUUCAUCCAUACCUGCAAUUCAAGACCAGAAUGCAACUGAAGGUGACAAUGUGACCCUGUGGUGUCGUGUAUCUGGAAUGCCUCCCUCAGUGGUGUCUUGGGUGACACCUAAUGGCCAGCGUCACAAUGGUAAAGUGUUGGAGGUUACAAGCAUUAACAGAAGUCAAGCUGGUGAAUACAAAUGUGAAGCCAGCAAUGAGUGUGGUAACGCAACAAAGACCGCAAGCAUCCAUGUCCAGUUCAAGUUGCCCGGUACACGUAACCUUACUAUCGUACAGUAUAUACUGUACCUUUACAGUUAUGGGUUCAUAGUUUCAUACCAUGUUAAUGAAUCUGUAUUGGAAAUCAUCCUUUUCGCCAUGUUCUUCAUGAUUGGCAAUUUUUCUUCCUAGUGAUAACUCUUCAUUAUGUGAUAGCACCUUAAUUUGUUAUUGGUAUGCUUUGGCGCGCUUUUACUGGUCAUUUCAAUACUCAUUAUUAUUCUGACUGUUAGAUGUUAUUCCCUCAUAGGUCGGCUUUGCAACUGAUCGGCUUUUAUGCUUUUUGAUCGUACGCAUCCAUGCCAUCCAAUCAGGAAUUUCGAUUUCGUCAUCUCCAUUGAUGCUAUUAGAAUGAAGUCUUAUGUGGAUGGCUUCUUUAAUCCUACGUGUGUAACAGUGAGAAUCAUGAUCAAUAAAACCUAACCUGGUCCCAAACAGGAACAGGUCCUGCUUCAACGGCGUGUUCUAAAAAGCCGCCCAAUUCUUAGAGCAAGCAAGCUGUAUAUCUCUUGCAUGCUAUUUAAUUCUCUCUACCUGUUUCUCCUAUGUAUUCUUUUGCCCCAUUUACGGGUGAUUUUGUAAAGAACGCCCUCCUGUUGCACGCUAAAUUUCAAUCUUCUCGCCUGAGUAGCAGUAAAACAGUCGAAGCGUCGCGAUCAAUACACGAUUGAUUAGCCUGACACAUGUCGUGAGACCAACGAUCAAACCUUUAAAUCUAUAAAGCCACGAUGAAAAACAACAUUUGCUAUGAUAAAAUAAUGCUCAGCGCAGUGACAAGAAUUCCUUCUCCUGACCUCGAUUUCCCGACGGUGAUAUGAUAUCGCGGAAGUAAAUCUUUUAAAAGUACUGUUGGAAAUGUUAUCUGCAAUUUCAAUUCUAAGUGACAAGUAAAACAUGCAAUACAGCUUUUAGUGCUAGGAUCUUGAACUUUGAAACACUUCUGACAAAAAUUGAAAUAAAAGGAUUGUCAAAUACAAAAUGUAUGAAAAGUUCUAGGAGUAAGGUUUUUGCAUCUCUCGCCUAAAACAUCAUUGGAAUUUCAUUUAUUCAAUAAUGUCUUAUGACUUUUCUGCGUGUAGGAAACCCUUGUCUUGUUAAAUGUACCAAUGGACGAACGUGCAGAGAAUUUGGAAAACACUUAUGCCUGUGUCCAAAAGGUAGAAAAGGAAGAGAUUGCAAAGAAAAUGGUAAGUUGAGCCGAGGUAGACAUAUAUUUUGGACCCAUUGGUUGACAAGACGUUAGUGAUUUAAGACUUGAGGAGGAGGAGAACCAUGUAAAUGCCCCACAAAAAUCCAGGAGCUUAAGCUCGCUAGUUACUUAUUGUUACCCGAUAGGUCAGAAUUUUACUGGAAUAUGAAAUACCAGAAACCCAAUUACCAGUGUGGUAUGAGGGAGCCACUUUUUCUUUGUUAUAAUUUCGCUGCAUUAUUUUAUAGUAGGUAAUGAAUAUUGAUAUGUCACAAGCCACAUCUUUAGGCUAAUUAAGUCUACACUUCUGUUUCAUUUGCUACAAAAGAUGCAGUGGCAAUUGUUAUCAUGAUCAGCCUUAAAAUAAGCAAUAUAAAGUGGAUAGAAGAACUUACAGACUUGUCUGACUCAUAUACACAACUGUUUGUUGGAACAAUUAAAAGUUCGGUAAGUCAUUGGUGUUAUAAUUUUAAGAAGGUGCUUUCUACUUAAUCAAAUAAAAAGUCAAUAAGAAAUCAAGUAUUUUCUAUCUUUUUUUCUUUUUCUUUUUAAAUCACGCAAACAGAAGGAACAGAAGGAAGAAAGUUAUCCUAGUCCCUCUUUGCUCUGUAUAGAAAAGCUUUCGUUAACCCAAUUGAUCUUAAUAUCACCAGGGAAAUAAAACCCCUUUUUCUUUUCAAGGACAUGUAUAGACCAAAGUAGCAUAAAGUGAAGAGUCUCUUACGUACAGAAUGAAAACAUUUUCCUCUAACUAAAUUUUAAUUUACAAGUCAAAACAUCCUUGUGUACUUUUGUACGCUAAGAGGCUUAUCUCCACUGUUUGUUGUGAUAGAUCCUCAUCCUUUCUCUGUCAUACUGACUUAUGAUUUGAAUGUCGUUGCUUUUUAGGUGGAUGAAGAAUUCAAAGGUUCCGGCGUCAGAGAAAUUAAUGUAACGCACCUGAGGUAUCAUCAUUCAUCGAUAACAAAAUGCACUAACUUUACUCUGAUUUUAAUUUUCAUGAUUCUGUUUGAGAUACUCCUUAGUAGGAUUAGAAGUAUCUCAACCAGAAAAAUUAAGAAUGUUUUAAAAAGCAUUAAAUUUGAAAAUGCUUGGAUUUACUUUUCUCAUCUUUUUAUAGAGAGGGAAGUGUUAUCGCAGACAUAUCGCUCACAUUUAACGAGUCUGUUGGAGAAAGUGAAGUAGAAUCAUUGCUUCUAGAUGCAAUUAACAAUGGAAGCCUUGGUAACCUAAAAGUAGAUACUUUUUCUGUAGGAUCAACUAUCCCAGGUGUGUAUAAAAAUUUCUACGAUGGUAAUUUCGAGUGCACCUAAUGGAGAUUGGGUCUGUGACCUGCGAAUUUUUACUACAGAUACAUUACCACUGUGGUGGUAACUACUGGAAGCUAUGCUUUUGAAUUUAAGCUCGUGUGACAAACAACUUUGUGAUGUUCUUGAAAAGUGGGUGUGCACCGUAAAGCAUUAUUUGAUUACAAGGCCAAAGCAAACUUCAGCGACAUUUUAUGAGUUCUUUAACUGUUAUAGAUUGCAGAUACAUCUGCAUAGCUGUGCUUAAAUCAGUUUCAUUCUAAGUAAUUCAAGUAAUUUAACUUAACAGCUAAGUAAGCAUUGCUUCUCUGAAAUGUAUGUCAUUGAUUUAAGAUUCAGUACCUGUUCCUGGUCCAGUUCCUUCUGAACCAGCAAAGGUGAAUAAGGAUGUUAUUUAUGGCUCAGUUAUUGGGGUCCUCGCGUUGAUUCUCACUAUUAUUAUCAUUUUCAUUGCCUGGAAAAGGCGACAACGUAAGUUGAGUUAAUUACUAUAUCCGCGGUUGGUAAAUGCCCUGCAUGAGGGGACGCAAGCGGCCUCAACUUUAAGUACUUUUUAGAAAUGCUAGGAUAUUAUCCUAGCAUUCUUAACAUUCCGAGCUGCGCGGGAGUGUCAAAAUCCGUGCGUAUGUCAGAAAUGUCACUAGACCUAAAGUACACCAGAUGAGGGCGAAUAAAUAUGAGAAGAUAAAUGAAUUAAUACCUGAUAUCAAAAUGUCAUCAGCUAAUGCUUUUGUUUCACAUGCAAUCAAUAGUGCCUUUAUUCCUCGGCCGGUUCCUUUGCGUUACAUUGUAGAUUAUAAAGAGAAAUAUAUCCACACGGUUUAUUCGCCCUCAUCUGGCGUACUUUAGGUCUAGAGGUCUAGUGACAUUUCUGUGACGUACGCACGGAUUUUGACACUCUCGCGCAGCUCGGAAUGUUAGGAAUGCUAGGAUAAUAUCCUUGCAUUUCUAAAAAGUACUUACAGUUGAGGCCGCUUGCGUCCCCUCAUGUCGAGAUACUAGUAACCGAGAUUUAUGAUUUUGUGGACGAUUGACAAAGAGAGAUUCAGAUGAAGAAUAGAAUGGAAACUGAGAAAGAGAAAGGAAAGGAAAAACAGCGAUUAGUUGGACAAGUUGCAGCUUAGUAUAAUCAUCUCGCAAAGUCUUUCAAUUCAUGACACCAACCAGCAGCGUUACGCUUACUUUCGUUCAAUAUAUUAUAUUACUAUAACUGAAUGGAAAUACUCACAAGCGAAGAGGCUGAAAAUACGUGAAGCAUAAUUGAUUAGGACUUCUUGAAUUUUAAAAUAAUAAAUGCAACUGUUUUCUCUUGAUAUUACCUGAUAUUAUUUCUUUCCUUCUUUCCACACUUAGGUGAGAAAGAUGAUCGGUAAGAUGUCAUUAAUAUUAAAAGUUAAUAAAGCAUCCGUAGAUCCGAUUGGUAGAAAGCAGGCUUUGGUCGUAUUUAUAGCUGUGUGAAGUUUCUGUCGUUAGGAGAAGUUUGUUUGGUGCCAUAUAGUUAAAUAAAAACGCAGCAGUGAGAGAAAAAAAAACUGAGUGAAGCAGAUUUGAUGUUGUUGCGUUGCAUGAGAAACCAACAUGUGUCAGUUGGUAUGUUACAAAACAAAAAAAAACAAAAAAAAAACAAAGAAAUAUUUUGUUUGUGAGGUUUUGUCAUUUUCCUAGAAACUACUUUUAUAGUGUUUUACUUUUCUUUUAGACUUGAUACAGGCAUUAAAGAGUCACGUGAGCCUUACUUUGUAAGUAUGGAGUGCACUUUGUUCGAAUAACCUACUCCGCGAUGAUCAGCAAAUAUCUGUUUGGUCACUAAAUGCUUGAAGAUAAAGCAGAGCACGCAUACCUACAAUUUUUUCUAGGCCCUAGGGACCUCAAUAUCGUGAGGCAGUUCAAUAAAAAUGGCGACACAUAAGAAGUAACAAAAGGAAGAUGAAUUUAUAGCAGUCUAUCGUAUACCACACAGAUUAAAUUUGGACUUAAAGUAUUAUUAAAGUGCGCUUUGCCAACCUUUUACCACUAUUCUAAGAAAUUGCUGUUGUAUUUGCGAGUCAAAUCUUCUUAGUACUCAUUUGCAAGUGCUCACGGAAAGGAGGUUAAGUCUAGUGGAUGAUAUCAUAGUAUUUAAGAAUUCUCCAAAAUUUUAUCCGAUUGUCAUAACAGAGGUUACGGUUGCGUAUGACUUUUCUUAUUUUGGUCGUAAAACGAGUGAAUUUAAAUGAAAAUACCUACAAUACCAUGGACUAGAUAAUGCUCUCAUGAAAUUUCGCAUUAGACUUCCUCAAGAAUUACGAUUUACCUCUUCCUUGCUCGUUACCAAUCCGUAUGGGAACAAAACAGAUAAGACUAAGAGUAAAUUUUUUUUCGCUGAAAAAUAGAACGAGGGAUUUGAACUGGAAAGUAGAAGUGGGAACCUGAGCACCGUGGUGCAUCAUGGUCCCGGACAUUACAUGGACCUGAAUGAAGUUAGAUCGCUGAAUGAACCUGCCACAGGCCCAGCGCGAAGUUAUCUAGAAAUAAACGAAUAUGCUCCCCUGCAUCCAGGAACGCGCUCAUGGGAAGUGGAAAGACAAAAUGUAACGAUUGAAAAGGUUAUUGGAAAAGGUGCCUUUGGUCAAGUCGCUCAGGGAAAGGCUUCAAACCUUCGAGGAAGAGAGGAGACAAUUACAGUUGCCAUAAAAAUGCUGAAAGGUACUCUAUUCAUUGUCCUAAUAGCGUUUUUGUCAGGAUAAGGCUUAACUGUUACUGUACAGUCGUCCUUUGCUUUAGGUAACGCCACAGACACAGAGAGAAAAGAUUUGCUGUCAGAGCUUGAAGUCAUGAAGAAACUCAAGCCUCACCCUCACGUCAUCAGGUUGCUGGGAUGCGUCACUGAAUCAGGUACAUAAAAUAAAAUUUAUGAAACUACUUAGUUUAUUUCUGCUUGUAUCACUCCGACAACUAAAGUAAUUAUUAUGUACUUCGACAAAUAAUUAAAAGUAAUAAUUUUAAUUAAAUACCCGAACUUUAACUGAAUUCAUAUUUCUUUCUCUCUUGCUACACGUAAUCUCGUCAUUGCUGAUCCUAACAGCAUUAAAAAAAGACGUUUGUUACAUAUGUACCUGGUAAAAGAUUAUUAUUAUCUUGUUAUCGCUAGGAACUCCCUUUAAUUCCUAUAACUUAAUUUUAUGUAUCCGGUUUACCGCGGAUCCUGGUAUGAAAUUUGAUUACCCUCGACACAAUUAUAAAUUAUUUCCGUUUUUCCAUCGCUGUAAUUACCACUGUUAAGUGAAAAUGUAGACGAGUGCUCUGUUUCUUGAAAAAAACAUCUUUUUAGAUCCUUUGCUUGUACUUAUCGAGUAUGUCCCGUAUGGAGAUCUCCUGGGCUAUUUGAGAAAGAGCCGACAAUUAGAAGAUAAUUACUUCAAGGACCCGGAUAUUAAGCCACAGACCAGUUUGACUUCCCAGCAACUGAUGAAGUUUUCCUGGCAAGUGGCUGAUGGAAUGCACUAUUUGUCGUCUAAAAAUGUAAGUUGAUUUCAGUAUACGAAUAACUUUGCCGUCUUGGUGGCAAUCGAUGUAAGGGAUACUUUAUUCAUUUCUAUUCUCAUCAACAUUUUCAUGUGGAUAAAAUAUACUUGGAUGCAAAUGAACUUUUAUCAAUAUUUUGGGGAAUCUUUUCUAUGUGGUUUAGUUACGGCGAAAAUAGAGCUUUUUGUUUGAAAUGAUCAAAAGCGUCUAUUGCAUCUGUCACUUUUGUCUCGUUGCAAACAAGAAAGUUUUAUCUUCAAACGCUAUUCACUAGAGCAAACUGAGUUACUGUUUGUAGACAGAAAGAUUUGCAAGAAAGCUCUCCAGUUUUUAAUAAAGCCGUUUCUGUUUAAUUUUUCAAGGUUGAUGAUAUUCACACAGUGAAAGAUUCUAUAUAAGUUUGAUAAAAUAAUAAAAUUUUAAGUUUAUCUUUCCAAAACAAAGUGUUUUGUCUUGGACGCAACUCGGAGAGUAUUAAAUCUCGCAUAUCAAAACGGCCCCUGUCCUCUAAGGCUCGAAAUCAAUGAUUAGACGAGGAUGGACAUGAUAUUCCGUGGACGCUUUUUAAUGAUUCAUUAAUGCCUUGUAUAAUGUUCGACAGAUUAUUCACCGCGACCUUGCGGCCCGGAACGUCUUGGUUGGAGAGCGAGAACGAUGUAAGGUAACCGAUUUUGGAAUGGCACGAGACGUAUGCCAGGAAAACUUCUACGAAAAGAAAUCAAAGGUUUCUGGUUUCAAUACCUCGAUAUGUUGCGUGUUUGGCUAAUAUCGUUAUCUAUCAGUAUUGAUAUAUGCUAUCUCAAUCUCUUGUCACUUUGUUUCCCAGUAAUUUUUCACAGUACAUCAUCGCCAGAAAGUCUGCGGGUAUUAAAAAAUGAAGAUUCAUUGCUCUUUCUCUUCAACAUUUCCUUUCAACAUGUUUUAAUAGGGAAGACUGCCGGUGAAAUGGACAGCUUGUGAAGCGCUGUUAUACGGACGAUAUACGACGAAAAGUGAUGUGUAAGUGGAUCUAAUACGGUGAUAAACAGUUUUGAAGAAUGAAAAAAAAUAUUUCAAAUAUAAACAUCUUUGGCCUAUGAUAUAAUUAUACCUGUAUUUAUGAACUUACAAUGAAGCCUGGUGACAUUUUCUUUACUUAGAUGGAGUUUUGGAAUUGUGCUUUACGAAAUAUUCACCAUAGGUAUGUCAGAUAAUCGUGUUUUUUAGUGUAUUGUAGAUGGAUAGCGCACUUUUUGAUCGAUCCGCUGUCUCCGUGUUUAACCUCUCGUUUUAGGUGGCUCUCCUUAUCCAAAGAUUCAGGGACGAAAAAUGGCAGAUUUACUGACUCAGGGUUACAGGAUGCCUAAGCCACGGCACGUGGAGGAUUCCCUGUAAGGCCAUAGAUGCAUUCAUUUAUUUAAUUGUUCAUGAAAUUAAUAUGUAAAGUUUCGAAUUUUUUCAUAACCUUUAUAACUCUUUAGCUAUGAGAAUGGUUACAGACCUAAAAAAAAUCAAAUAUCAAUGUAUUGAUCACUACUUUUUUCUACUUCUUAAGCAUAGGGGUUCCAACUUUCGUGCUUAGGUAAUUGUGUAGACUAUGUUGUGAGGAGCCUUUCAGUAAAAUUCGUACCAUCAAAACCCAAGUUUUUUAAAAUUUUAUCUAGUUACAAGAUAAUGCAAGACUGCUGGCAAGAGAACCCUGAUGAUCGUCCAAUGUUUGAGAAUCUCAGGAACGAUUUAAAGGCAAUGGAAAAUCAACAUCAGGUG